AUGGAUUUGGCCUACAAGGCCGAGCCUACGGGCACGGAGAUUCCAUCACCUAAGAAUGAGAAAGCCAUUGAUACCAAAUACGCCGAUGAAACUCUGCGCAUUCUCGAGCUCCAUGGUGACUCGGUUGGUCCAUUGACAAUCGAGAAGGAGAACAAGCUGAGACGCAAACUAUACUGGCAUGUCUUCGGGCUACUCUCCGCUAUUAACCUACUACUAUUUAUUGAUAAAUCCACUCUGGGAUACGCCGCUAUCCUUGGUCUGUUUGAAGAGACUGGCAUUAGCAAGGCUGAAUACAACAAUCUUGGAACUUUCUUUUAUGUCGGGUAUAUUGUUGCACAAUGGCCGGGACAUUAUGCUAUGCAAAAGCUCCCAUUUGGCAAAUUUGUCGCCGCUCUGGUCUUCAUGUGGGGUGUCGUCCUACUACUUCAUUGCGUUGCCACAACCUAUGCCGCUCUUGUGGUUCUGCGACUAGCACUCGGUGCGGCUGAAUCUGUCGUUGUACCUGCAAUGGAAGUCACAAUCGGAAUGUUCUUUAAUCGCUACGAACAGUCCUUUCUCCAACCCUUCCUCUGGUUAACGUCGGCAGCCGCCCCCAUAUGUGCUGCCUUUAUCUCCUACGGUUUGCUUUGGAGUCAUAGUGCCGUCUUACCUUGGAAACUUUUCAUGAUUAUUACGGGCGGUGUCUCUGUACUUCUCUCUGUUCUUGUUUGGUUUCGGUAUCCGAACAACCCUGCCGAGGCUAAGUUCCUCUCACUGGAGGAGAAAAUCCACACGAUCAGACGAGUACACGAGUCGAGUCAAAGCUCUAUUGAGCAGAAGCAGUUUAAAAAGAGCCAAUUUACAGAGACAUUACGUGACCCCGUUUCAUGGUUAUUUGCUCUACAGGCAUUCACUCUAAUGAUGUCAAACAAUCUCACCUACGGGCAGCAAAAUCUCAUCACCAAGGCUCUUGGAGUGGACAGUUUGGGUUCGACCCUUGUGGCAGCGGCCGGCGGUGGGUUCGGUGUCCUCGUGUGUAUUGCCGGGGCUUAUGCCCUGCGGUGGUGGCCUUCGAAUCUUGCACUCCACGGACUCUUCUGGUGUAUUCCAGCAGUUGCAGGUGGGAUUGGAAUGGUUGCGAUUGACUGGGAUCAAAAGUUAGGGAUGCUUGCUUGUCUGCUGCUGGCUGGUCACACUUUCGGCAAUACCUACAUUAUCGCGUUGGGCUGGGCCACAUCAUCUGCAGCCGGUUACACCAAGAAGCUGACCCGAAACGUCAUGUUCAUGGCUGGUUAUUCCAUUGCGAAUAUUUGUUCGCCACAGAUAUGGGUGCCUAAGGAUGGACCUCGAUAUUACGGUGCCUGGAUAUCUAUGAUAGUGGUCAGCUGGGUGGGGACACCAUUGAUCCUUUUCAUUAUACAGUUCCUGUUGAAACGCAGGAACUCUGAAAGAAAGGCCUGGGCUGCGUCCUUGACCUCUGAAGAGAGAAAGGCACACGAAUUGGGAGUGGUCGAGGAGCUUGAUGAAAAUGGAACUAUGAUACGCAGGCACGUUGAAAUCGCCAUGUUGGAUAUGACUGAUAUGGAGAACAAAUUCUUCAUAUAUCCUAUUUGA